AGGUACCCCAAGGCCGCUCCCUUGUCACUCUGCUAGUUCAAUAAUGAGGUCUGAAGAAGUAAAAGCAAUUCUCAAGCCUAUUUACGAUGCUAUGGAUGAGGCAUAUGAGGCGGACAGGACGGAAACAGCUUUCGCAGAUCUCUUUCACCCUGAUGCCGUCGUCGUUCAAAAGGGAGUUGGAUCCAAAUACACUAGAAAAGAUAUAAUAGACGGCUUCAAAGCUUUGACGGAAGAAUUCGGAAAAGUGAAAAUGACGAGAGUAAAUGAGCAUUUCUGCGGAAGUGAUGAUCUCCUUAGCGCUUCCUACGAUGUCAAAGUUGAUUCACCGAAAAAAGGCAGAUUCGUCGCUAAGGCAUUCCAAGUGAGCCGAUUCUUCUCUGAGAAGCCUGCCUUCAAGAAAGACCUCUUACUGCCGUUGCCUUCAAGAAAGAGCUCUUACAGAAAAUUGCUCAAGAAGUUUCUAUAUAAAGAGACUGUUGCACCCACAAUGAAGAGCGAAGAAGUAAAAGCUAUCAUAAGCCCGAUUUUCGAGCAAGCAGUAAAGGACUACUACGCUGGAAACUUGGAGAAAGCCAUGAACGACACACUGCACAGCAAUGCCGUCGUUGUUAACAAAGACGUAGGCGCCUUCUACGGCAAAAAGGCCAUACUAGAAAAUUUCGCCAAAAUGAAUGAAGAAUUUGGUCAAGUGAAAUUUGAGAAAGUGAAUGACACUUACUGUGGAUGUGAGUGUUGUUUAUGCACAUCAUUUGAGUUCAAGGUCGACUCACCUAAGAAAGGAAAGGUGACAGCAAAAGUUUUCCAAAUUUAUAAAAAAGAAGACGGCAAAUGGAAGAAUUACCACGAAGAGUUCGAGCUUCACUUCAAAUAAUUGCUAAUUUGAAUAAAUGUUAGACGACUA